GUUGGAUGGAUUAUUUCCUGUUCAUCAUUUUUUAAUUUUAUGCAGAGUUGACUUUGAAAUAAUCCUCAUUUUACUAUCAUUUUGUCAGUGUUCACGGUGCUGGACAAUGUUUUGAUGUUGGCGGACCAACAACUGUUUUCUUGUUUUUAUUUACUAGUUCAGUUUACCCCUCUUGUUUAACCUAGCCAAAUAUAUUUGGUAUGGAUCCAGGGCUAGGCGCUGUACCUCAACAUGGGUUUACAGAAGAUGUCAACUUUGCAGCCCUUGCAUCAGCACCUCCUCCACCUCCACCUCCUCCAGUGGCCACUUCUCCUUGUGUCGCUGGACCACCGCCACCUCCUCCUCACUCUGUAGCCGGACCUCCACCUCCUCACUCUGUCGCUGGACCACCUCCUAAUCCUCUAUCUGGACCUCCUCCUCAUUCUGUAGCUGGACCACCUCCUCUUCAUUCUGUAGCUGGGCCGCCUCCUCUUCAUUCUGUAGCUGGGCCUCCUCCUCCUCAUUCUGUAGCUGGGCCUCCUCCUCCUCAUUCUGUAGCUGGGCCUCCUCCUCCUCAUUCUGUAGCGGGACCUCCUCCUCUUCAUUCUGUAGCCGGACCUCCUCCUCUUCAUUCUGUAGCUGGGCCUCCGCCUUCCCAUCCUCCUCCAGCCCCUCAUGAUAAUAACUUCAGAAGAGUCAAUCAUAACUAUUACAACAAGUCUAGAUCAAAUGCCAAGAAAACAGUGGUAACACAAAAAUGUGAAAUUUGCAAUAUAGAGCUAGUAGGUCAAGUUGUCAUUGAUGCCCACAUGAAAGGGAGCAAACAUGCCAAAAAGUUGAAGGCAAAAGAACUCCUAAAUAACAUGAUUGAUGCUGGCCAAGUGAAAGUCGAUGGUGCUCAAAAUGACAAAAAUGGCACCGGUAUGUUUAAGUGUGAUACCUGCAAUGUAGCUCUUAAUUCAUCACAGCAAUUAGAUGUACACUAUGCAGGUGCCAAACACAAAGCAAAACUCAAUGAAACUGCUACUCCACAAGUUCAGCAGAAUAGUUCAUCAACUACUUGGAAUAAUCCUAGUGCCAAUGGCUCAAACGAAUCUAAAGGGGUUGUACCCAAAGCUGAGAAACCUAAAUCGAUGAUUGCAAACCCAUUGGAUUUGGUUUGCAAUAUUUGCAAUAUAACCGUAAAUUCUCCUCAGCAACUAGAACAGCAUUUACAUUCUAAAAAACAUCUUGACCGUGAAUCUGGCCGCUCAUCGCAGAGGCCGACUCCCUAUUCAAGGGGAGGUCGAGGAGGUCGAGGAGGUCUUGGGUCUCAUAGCCGCGGGGGAAAAUCGGUGCCAGCUAAAUUUACGAGCUUAAGCUCUAGUUUUAAAAGUGCUGGAUACAGCAAUAGUUUCAUAAAACCUGAAGGUGGUGUUUCUAUGCCUGCAAAUUGUGGUACAAACAAAGGUCCAAAUCAAGCUGGUCCUUCACAUCAAAAUGUUGGCAAGGCUUCCAACUAUGGAAAUCACUAUAAAAACAGGGGCAAUUUUGGUAGCCUGACUCCAUAUGUAAACACAGACAGCGGCCGUGGAGGUUACAAUGGUCGGGGAGGAGCUGCGGUAUCCGGUGGGGGUUGGCCUAAUCCAGUAGAUGCUUCAUAUGGAGCUCAUCCAGGCUACGGUGGCUACGAUUAUGACCAAUAUGGCUAUGGCUACGGCUAUGAGAAUUCUGAUCAAUAUGGAGGAUAUGGUAUGAUGCAAUCUGGACCUCCGCCCUCAUAUUAAUGACAAUUGUCAGUUAUUGCCCACCGAUCUAGAAUAUUUUCCACAUUGAUCACAUUUUUAACAUAUUUUAUGGUAACACGACAAGUGUAUGCAGUGGUCAUAACCGAGCACUUUUUUCUUUGUUUGCAGCAAUCUUGAAUGAACCAUCUUAAAUUUACACCCUGCUGCUUGAGUUUUUUGUACAUUUUGAACGUUUUAUUUCCUAUUGAAGGAAAGAUUUUCAUGGAGUUACCAGUUUUGUGUAUAGAUUUCAGAAUCAUCUUUUGAUUUCCUUUCCAUGUGUUGUUUGCUUCCGUUUUAAGCAAAAAAAUUGCAUUUUCCUUAAUUUUGCAUAAUGUUCUGAACCGAUUCUAGCCCUAGGAUCUUGUACAAAAUCCUGCCAUUUGGUUGUACAUUUAUGUACUACAUGACUACAUAGUACUGUAGUCCUAAAGGACUCUAUAUGGUACCUCUGGCAUUAGAUUUCAGUAUUAUGUUGGGUUAAACAUGUAUUCUGUUACAUGUUACAGUAGAAAAAGAGUUAAAAAUCCAUUAUUUGGAGCACAAAAUAUCUGUAGACUUCAACAGCAUCAUGCUCAGUGCCAUUUUCAAAUGUCAGUAUAAAUAUACUAAUUAAAUUGUUUUUUAUUCAAAAUUUCAGCGAUUAUCAUGUUAAAUAAUUGCACAACAGAAAUAAUCUUUCCGGAGUACAAUUCAUUAUAAACACAGCAUAUGUACUGCCAAUGCCAUGAUAAUGCUUACUUAUGUACACUGUACAGCCCAAAUAUCCUAGUGAAGUUGGAUUUGGAAUCCUUUGGCUGUGUGAUGUUAACAAACUUUCAAGAAACAAUGGCAGUAUCAGUACAUUUUUGUAUUUUCUGAUAAUGUUGUAUCAGUAUCAGGGGUCUAAAAUGUAGUUCUUAAAGAUCAGAUUGAAAAAUACCUGUAUGGAUGGUAGUAAUUAUUUUUCUUGAUUGACUUUCUUUUGCACUUUGUUUAUGAGCAGUGAUAAGUUUUUUGAAUUUAUGCAUAGUUAGCAUUCAUAACUUUUAAAGAUGACAAUACAUCCCCCCAAUCUACCUACAUGUCAUGUCAUGUUUCAAACAAGAAAAGUUUAUUUCUUGACUAAUUUAGUCAGUCAGAUUUAGUAUUUUUUUUUUAUUGCUCAUCCAAAUCAUUUAUCAUUUUAGUUACAAAGCAUGUUAAUUUUUUUCCCACUUGGAAUCAGUGAAAUUUGUUUAUUUUUUUGUUCCUGUUGGCAGAACAUUCUGAGGAUCAGUUUGUUAGGCUAUCUAUCAAAGGAGAUGUAACAGUAAUCUGUUUGGGGAUUGGUCAUUUGAAGAUGGAUGGAGAUGAUCUUACCUCAACCAUACUUAAUUAGAAAAUUUGAAAUAGGAAAUAUCACUGAUACAUCUCCUUUGCUAGUCUUCUAGAACAUAUAAGCUAUAUUUUGUUUUUUCUUGUUCUCUUUGAAAAGAAAACAAUUGUUAUACCAUGUUUAAGUCAUUAUGUUUUAAGCAAAAUGUUGACCAUAGUUUUUUCAUAUUUUAGAUGAACUAAUGAAUUUGACAUUAUUUAGUUUGCAUUUUGCGUUUCACAUUAAGAACAUCACUAGAAUAAGAAGGUUAUCAAUCUGUGAGUAUCAGACACCAAACCAAUUUUCAGUGUAAAUGUGUGUUCCACAGGGUUCUCUGUUAAGUACAUCAUUUGUGUCAAAAUUGCACAGAGAAGUGUCUACACUUUACCAUAUGGUUGCACAGAUCAUCAUUUUCUUGCAGUGUGUUGAUAAAGAAUUUUGUGCCCAAUGGAACAUUUUGGUUCUAUUAAAUCUGUACACAUUUUGCAAAUUGAUGAAACAUUUUGCAACAAUCAAUUUUCACUCUGUGUGUAUCAGGUUUUUUUCCACAUGUCAUUUUAAUGUUCUAUCUCAGUCAUUUGAAAAUAAACUAAUGGAACAUACA